UGGUGGCCAGCAUCACUCUGCCUCCUAAUCCGGUACACACAAGUUAUAUAAAAUGGCCAUCCAAUCGCACGCCACUCACAGAAACAACUGGUCCAGAGCUUGGAGGUCUACUUGUGUGGUUCAUCAGUUUCUCCUGCAGCAUCAUGAUUGUUAUAGUGGACCUGCUGCUCAUGCUUAUAGACCUCACGUACUCCAUAAUUUCAGCUAUUAUCCAGACUUUUCUGCGGCCGCGACUGAAGUGCAUAGACGGGGAGCUGUGUCUGAUAACAGGGGCCGGGGGCGCCCUGGGUCGCCUGUUCGCCCUGGAGUUCGCCAAAGAGGGGGCCCAUCUGGUGCUGUGGGACUGUAACACGGCUGCCAACGAGCGGACCGCCGAGCUGGCGCGCGAGCUGGGAGUAAAGGUGCACGCGUACACGGUGGACCUGUCCAAGCGUCAGAACAUCUACCAGGCGGCGGACCUGGUGAGGGCCGAGGUGGGAGAGGUGUCCAUACUGGUGAACAACGCGGGCGUGGUGGCUGGCCGGAGGCUGCUGGACUGUCCGGACGAGCUCCUCGAGAGGACUCUGCUCGUGAACUGCCACGCGCUGUUUUGGAUGACAAAGGCCUUCCUGCCUCAAAUGAAAGCAAAAAACUGCGGCCACAUAGUAACUGUUGCCAGCGCUCUCGGGCUCUUCAGCACUGCAUGUGUGGAGGAUUACUGUGCUAGUAAAUAUGGAGCUGUUGGUUUCCACGAGUCACUGACACAUGAGCUGCUAGCAGAGAACCUGGAUGGUAUCAAAACCACUUUGGUCUGCCCUUAUAUUGUAGACACAGGGAUGUUUGCAGGCUGCGAAAUCAGGAAGGAGAUUCAGAGUUUGAUUCCACCUCUGGAGCCUCUCUACACUGUACAGCAGUCUAUGAAAGCCAUUUUAGGUGAACAGCAGAUGAUCUGCAUUCCUCGCCUUAUGUACAUCCCCUUCCUCACACGAGCAUUACUUCCUUGGGAUGCAAAUGUGGCAACAUAUCGCUUCAUGGGAGGUGACAAAUGCAUGCUACCCUUCAUCAAGAAUGUUGAACUGAAGACCUCCAAUGGCCUCAUGAAAUCCUCCUGAGAACUUUUAAUCUUAUUCAUUUCUGGAACUACAGACACCAAAGGCUAACACUGUAUUUUUACAUGAUUUUGUCAUCUGAAGGGAAAGCCUACACUCUGAAGAGGGACUGUUAAUGGUUGAUGUGUUCCCUCGAAUGUUGUAUUGCAUGCAUACUGUCAUUUUGGGUUUUAAAAUGAUCACAUCUUAUUCAACAGAAUUUCCUCUUAUUGAUUAACCUAUAAACU